AGCCCUGCCAUCUUCUCUUUUACACACUCUCUCUCCUCUGGUACAGUUCUACAACCACCGCGCGACACGAUUGCAACCUCCUUAGUCUUUGUUUGUUUAUCUCUUUUUUCUAUCACUUUAAUCUCCGUUUCGUGCUUUGUUACCUUUCGCCAUUCACGUCACAAACAAACAGAUUGUUGAAGAAUACAGAACUCCAAACUCGAAAACAGUAAUAAUGGCUACUCGUGACGGCGGCAUGAAGUCAACGUCCAUUAACGGAGUCAAGAUGUACACGAUAGCUUCACAGCAACCUUCAGUCGCUUCAUGGCUCUCUUCUAAGAAAAAGAAAUCUCAUCGCAACGUGAAAAGUUACACGCAGAACUUGCAAUUGCUCGAGGAUUUGAGGUUCGCAACCGCCGCCACUAAGAUUAAGGCAACUCCUGAUGGAGAGUAUAUCAUAGCUUCAGGUAUAUAUCCUUCGCAAGUGAAAGUCUAUGAGGUGAGGGAGCUAGGGUUGAAGUUCGAACGCCAUUUUGAUUCGGAGAUUGUUGAUUUUCAGGUUCUGACUGAUGACUAUUCAAAACUUGCAUUCUUAUGUGCUGAUCGCUCUGUUUGUCUACAUGCGAAAUAUGGAAAGCACUACAGUUUGCGCAUACCAAGGAUGGGAAGGGAUAUUACUUAUGACUGCUGGUCGUGUGACUUGCUUUGUGCCGCUUCAUCCCCAGAUCUGUACAGAAUUAACUUAGAGCAGGGGCGAUUUCUCUCCUCCCUAAACACACAGUCCCCUGCAUUGAAUGUAGUUUCUCGAAGCAAGCUUCACGGAUUAGUUGCCUGUGGUGGCGAAGAUGGUGCUGUAGAAUGCUUUGACAUGCGUGUGAGAUCUUCAGUUGGUAGAAUUGAUGCUGUUGGACCUAGUGGUGAUGUAGACCAGGAGGUCACUGCAUUGGAGUUUGAUGCAGAUGGAGGUUUCUUAAUGGCUGUUGGAAGUAGUGCAGGAAAGGUUCUCAUCUAUGAUCUGCGUUCAUCACAUCCUGUACGAAUACAGGAUCAUAUGUAUGGCAGUUCAAUAUUGGAUAUUAAGUGGCAUCGUACUCUUAACUAUGAACAACCAAUGUUGAUUACCAGUGAUAGUCAUGUUGUUAGGAUAUGGAAUCCUGAAACGAUUGUAAUUUGUUGUUCCCAGGGAGAAGGCUUGACCAGCAUUGAACCGACAACAGGAACCAUAAAUGAUGUGUGUACAUUUCCUGGCAGUGGUUUGAUCUUGCUGGCCUUAGAUUGUAGCCAAAUGCCAUCUUACUUCAUACCAUCACUUGGACCUGCUCCCAAGUGGUGUUCUUCCCUAGAGAAUUUCACUGAGGAGUUAGACAUGGGUGGACAAACUACUAUUUAUGAUCAUUACAAAUUUUUGACAAAGGAGGAGCUUGAGAGGUUAAAUUUGACCAACCUGAUUGGCACCAAUCUACUUAGAGCCUACAUGCAUGGCUUCUUUAUUAAUCAUGCAUUAUACAAAAAGGCAAAAGCACUGGCAGAUCCUUUUGAAUAUGAAGUUUAUAUCGAACAGCAGAAGAGAGAAAAGAUGGAAGCUGAACGUGCCUCAAGAAUCACAAUCAGGAAAAAAUUACCUAAAGUUAAUCGGGCCCUUGCAGCUCGCCUUCUUGAAUGUGAAGAAGCUGAAAAUGAGAAGAGAGAUGCUGAUGAUGGUGAAACUAAAAAGGCAUCCAAGAAAAAGAAAGGGCUUAGCAUGCAAGAUCUUCAAGAUGAAAGAUUUAAAGCUAUAUUUACUAAUGAGGAUUUUGAGAUUAAGGAUUCCUCGCAAGAAUAUCUGGCUUUACAUCCUAUGGGUUCUAAGAAGCAAACAUCUUUGUUAAAGGAACAUUUUGAACCUGUCAUGUCAGAUGAUGAUCAAAGUCUAAGUGAUUCUGAUGCAUCAACAUCAUCAAAAGAUGAACCUGAGAAUAGAGUGACAGAGAAAACUCGGGUUCCAAGAAUGUAUGAAAUUAAGAAUGAGCAGCAUGCAGAGGCAUUCUGGAGCCAAAAAUCACUUGCAGGGGAGGAUUCACUUCCUAUGGGAGAUAGAGUGGCAGCUCUCAAAGGUGAUCAACAAUCUUCUCGUGUUCCACGUGGUGUUAAGCAGGGUCCAGGAGGAUCACGGGAAAUCACUUUCACCACGAGAAGCUCAGCUAAGUAUAAGGAAGACAAGGAAGAUCAAGAAGUGCAACACCGGAAAAAGAGAGGAGUUCAAUCCUUGGGGCUUAAGACCCACAGAUCAGGUUUUCAUGGUCAAGGGAGAGGUAAACGUGGGAAUGGCAGAAGAGGUCGUCGAUGAUGACCUUUUACAUACUGUAAAUGGUAUUCGAUUCUUCUUAGAUCUUUCUUGAUCUUUAUGGCUCAGUUUUCCAUGUAUGUAUGGUCCCUUCCCACAGGCUGAAGGCGUGCAGGGUAGGCAUGGCUGCAGGGCCACACGAUCUCUGAUAUAUCAUAUGUUGCUUAGCAUAUUAAACUGUUAUCUUAUUUAAAUUUUUGUUCUUUCCCCCUAUUUUUGGAUGCAGUAUCAAGAUAAACUGUUUUGUUUGGAUCCUACGUUUUUGGUUACAGUUUUGUUUUUCUAAAGCCUAGUAGGGGAGGAGGAGGUUGGAGUAAUGAAAUGUUAAUCUCAAGGAUUUAGCACCCGCCCUUCGGGUUCCACUGCUUCCUCCCUCAUAGAAGAAAAAGGCCCAUACUGCUAUUGAUUAAUAGUUCCGACAGAAAGAAAUGUUUAUUGACAUUGGAAUAUGAGUUCCUGAUCAUUUAUGUUGUUAAUGUAUUCUCUUAAAGUAGUAGAGAAAUGCUAAAUUUUCGAAUUUGUAAUGAGAGCUUAUUCAUAAAAACGUGGAUGGAUUUGGUUACCAAAUAGAUUCGUCAAUUGCUUAAUUACCAAUGUUAAUG